CGUAUUGUGCUUGGAUUCAUGUUACUGGCCCUCAUAUGGCAGUUCGAUUUCCCGCCUUUCGUUGUUUUGAUUAUUGCUAUCCUUAAUGAUGGUACAAUUAUGACUAUAUCGAAGGAUAGGGUGAAACCGUCUCCUCAGCCAGACAGUUGGAAGCUGGCAGAGAUCUUUACGACCGGAAUCAUUCUUGGUGGAUACUUGGCCAUGAUGACUGUCAUUUUCUUCUGGGCGGCCUAUAAGACAGACUUCUUUCCUAGGACAUUUGGGGUUUCAAGUCUUCAAAAGAACGAUAAAGAGGGCCUAAGGAAACUAGCAUCCGCAGUAUACCUGCAAGUGAGCACCAUCAGUCAGGCUCUCAUAUUUGUGACGCGAUCCCGGAGUUGGUCUUUUGUCGAGCGUCCAGGUCUCUUACUCCUUGGUGCUUUUGUUAUUGCUCAGCUGAUUGCCACGUUAAUUGCUGUCUAUGCAAAUUGGAGCUUCGCUGCAAUUGCGGGGAUUGGCUGGGGUUGGGCCGGUGUGGUUUGGCUAUACAACUUCAUUUUCUACUUCCCACUUGACUUCAUCAAAUUCUUCAUUAGAUACGCGCUGAGCGGAAGGGCUUGGGACCUCGUAAUUGAGCAAAGGAUUGCCUUUACGAGGAAGAAGGAUUUUGGUAGGGAAGAACGUGAGCUCAAAUGGGCACAUGCACAAAGGACUCUCCACGGCCUGCACCCACCUGAAACCAAGAUGUUUACUGAGCGCACUACUUACCCAGAACUCAAUCAGAUGGCAGAAGAGGCUAAGAGACGAGCUGAGAUUGCAAGACUAAGAGAGCUGACUACACUCAAAGGGCAUAUGGAAUCAGUGGUGAGAUUGAAGGGCCUUGAUAUAGACACUAUUCAGCAAGCAUACACCGUUUGAUGAGACCCUUUUUAUUUAGUCUCGUUCCUCCAUAGCAAUGUCCUCUUUUGUUUCUGUUACUGAGCCUAUUCCAUUCUAUAGAAACAUGUGAAACGCAUCAAACCUCCGAGCAAAAAGAGCGGGAAAAAAAUGUAACGUGUUAACCAUCCUAUAAACUCAUUUGCAAUUAGGUGGCUUUAUAUAUUUUACAUAUGCGGGACCAA